AUGUGCUUCACUCGGAGGCUAGUCUUCACCGUCUGCGCUCACUACACCGUACAGCUCGUCGAGUGCGAAAGGUUCCGCAACAACCCCGACAAGACCGGACGCCACGCCUGCAUUUCACCCCUUUGCCAGCACUCGCAGUCCUUCGUCACCAUUCUCGGCUUCUGCAGCGCGUGCAAAGACGCCUACACCGGUCUCAAAGUCGCCAAAAUCAACGCUUCCCAAAUCCUGUGGAACUUCUGGUGUUUCAAGGUGGCCCAGAAAUGGAACUGCGCUGUCGACCCAUCCCGCGUACCCGUUGCGGCCCUCACGAGCACGGCGAAGACUCUGCACAAGUCAUGGUUUGGCUACGUGAAAACCUACAAGGAGGUGAGCUUGGAGAAGAUCAUGGCUAUGUCGGUGCAGUCGCUGCUGGACGCGUUCGGCCAGCCUGUCAGGGCGACGCUCUGUAUUAUGUGCCGGGCGAACCACUACAUGGACCUCAAUCGGAUCGCAGUCGGCAUGGCAGAGGCCACAAUCAGCUGGGCUCAUGGCCUUAGAUAUCCCGAGGCAGUCUUCGAGCCAUACCAGAGCCAUCACCACCACCGCACCGAAGAAGUGGGUAUUGCGGCGGCUUCCGGAGACCAGCUUCCUACUACUCGGCAUCAACCUCCGAUGCAGCAAGCUCGGCAGAAGCAGCCCGCCAUGUCAUCAGUGUCUGAUGAUGUAGUCUUCCCGAGACGUUCCCCCGCGGGGGACCCGGCACGCCAUACGAAACGUCUCAACGCGCAGACGCGGAGGGAUGCGGUUAUCCAGGAGCGUGGGGAUAUGCUCGAGACUCUCGAAGCCAGGCACGAUGGACGGAUGGCGGAGCUCCAGGCACGGGUUGACCUGAAUGAUAGGCGCGUCUCUCCAGACACCUGGAUGAUGAGAACAUUCGGCUCGCCUGACCCUCACAGUCCUUCCAGAUCCGCGGACCAGAACACCAACAGCCGCUCCGGCACUUCUAGAGUUCUGUUCUCGCAGACAUCGCCGUAUUCUAGCCCUUCUGGUGGAGAAUUCGAGGGCUUCAGCGGUGCUUGGGAGCAUGAGCAAGACGAUGCGCAGGCGAACAACAACCCGAAACCCAAUUGGCCAGUCCGAAGAGCCAACAAACACCUUCGCUACCCAGCCCACACGUAUGACAAUGUAAUCGGCGAGUAUGACGAUGCUCUGUUCGAGCAGCUUCAGGCUCGGCGGUCACAGUAUGGUGAGAUAGUGGACCCCGACGACAUGUCUUUGGACGAGGGGCCGGACCCCAGAGCGAGGUUUUCCUUCGUGCCGUCACCCCCAAGUCACUUUGUUGGAGAGGUCCGCAGAGUGCGUCGUGAUAAAGACGAUCUUGCGGAUGGGCAGGGGCAAAGUGCCUCAGAUGGCAUGGUCGAUGAGCACAUCGACUUCUACCUUGACGACGACUCCGUUUCUGUUACCGGGCGAGUCCGCCCCUUGACGUACGUCUCCCCAGAAAGCUCGUGUGAAGGGUCCAACACUUCAUCUCCACGCCCUCCCUCGCCCCUGAGCCCUCGCCACAGCGCGGCUACAUUGCCGGGCAUACCCCCCGUAUCUCCCCUUACUUUCUCCUCGGAGUUUAGUUUCAUGGUCGACCGAGCAGACCGCUCCGGCACCUCGUCCUAUGGGAAAAGCCUGCCAUCCGACGCAUCGCACUCUGGGCGCUCCACGGACGCUGCGGGUCCGGCCUUGAAGGGCGGUCUGGGCGAAGACACAUUCGGCUCCCUUUCCCGGAAGUCGUCAGGGGUCGCUCCACUUCUAGGGCCGGAGAUCCGGGGUGUCGCGCCGCCGCGCCCCCCGCGUAACCCGAAGCUUUGUGUCACGCAUGGCGCUGCGACGCAGACUGGGUGCCGCGGGUGUCAAGCUGGCACGUUGCAGGAAGUUGCCUUGAGACCUGGGACGCGUGUGAAGCAGCCCGAGCCCGAGCAGUUCUGA